GAGAGAACUCGUUCCUCUUCGACAAAUCAUCCGCAGGAUUCAAGUAUAAGGAGAAGAAGAACAGUACAUGGGCCGCGAAAGAGGCAGAGUUGGGCCUCAAACCUGGAGACCUGUCGUCAAUCUGGUACACGAAUAUGAGAACACAGUAUUCGAAACUAAUUAAGCUUACCAACAAAUCUGGAUCUGGUGCUGGAGAGCGCACCAGCAAGGCAACAGUGGAUUUUGGACAACUUUGAAUUCCUGCGCCCUUAUCUGGUACAGCUGCGAACUCAGAGGGGAUCCAAAUUUGCGGAGAAGAGAAAGGAACUUGUCUUGGAGGAGACAGAGGAUGAUGACGCCGCCUCCGAUUCGUCAGCACCCUCUACAUCAGCAGUAUCUGGUUGCCGUCCCAAGCAGCGCGUGUACUGUCCUCAUUGACGUCCGAGUUGGAGUCCGUGCGUGGUGCCAUCACAGUUGCGCAAGAUCCAGCAGCACACACUGGCCAGUUUUUGGUGUAUUUGAUGCGCCAAAUGGACCAGCAGAGAAUGAAUGUGUUUGUCACACGUGCAACAAGGCUGGCUCUGGACCUUGCGGAGGAAAGCCAAGAGGAGAAGAGACGACUAGCCACCCAAGAGGCAGCAGGGCAUGUAGGUCAACAGAUAGCAGAUCCAGUUUUUGCCAUGCCUGUCCCUCCCGCUCCUACAUCAUCUAUAUACAGAAGACAGGCUCCCAUAUCAGCGGCGUUCGGCUCAGCAUGGCAGCAGAAUCAGUUUCAGCAACAGGAUCACAUGCAGCAGGAUUUUCAGCUAGCUACCAAUAUAGCUGCAUCUGCACCACCAGCCCAUCUUACACCACUGCUGAAAAGUUUUACUCACCUGCAACCACCAAAUGUGCAGGCAAUCUUGCAACAGCCUACAUGUGCUUACAGGUCCAUUACACCCGCCAUAGAAACCCCAACCACGACUGCAUCUAUCAUCCGCCAGGCUAUGGAUAUGGUCUCGACACCAAAUAGUUCCCCCAUCCUAACCCAGGAGAUGCAUGACGCACCCAAGGACUGAACAAAGUAACUGGAAAAUGGUUGAACCAGCCAAGUGAUUUGAUGAUGUGAUUUUACUCAAGUUUAUGUGCAUUGUGAAUUUAGUUUUUCGACGUUUUGGUUUUUACUUUGAAUAAAGGUUAAAUAGCCUCAUUCUUGAUAAAUAUUACUGUUGACUGUUGAGUCUUCUUAAGUAAAUCAAUGUAAACUGUUCGUAAAAUUUGUUUGGAUAGCAAUUUAUCUUACUUAGAAACUUAAUUAGCUUACUUUUGGCAUAAGGCAAAAUAACCCUGUUAUUAUGUAGGUUUCUGUCAGUAUUAAAGUUGAACUUAAAUGUGUAUUGUUAUAACAAAACAAGGCUGGUCAUGCUGGUAGCAAUUACUUAAGAAUACAUGUAUUCUAAAAUUUAAUAUUUUUCUUCAGCCCCUAAACAAUUAAUCAAUCAAUUAAAAGUGAGCGUUGUGUUCUGGUAGUUAAAACGUUCGACCUUAUGAAGAGAUGUCUGCUACCGCAACUUGUCCUAUACGUGUAGGUUAUAGUUCAUAUAAUGGAAAAAUAACCAAAUUUAAUACAAGCGAGCGAAGCGAAGCGCCGUAUUAAGUUUGUUUAUUUUUCCAUUAUAUGAACUAUGACCGACUUAUAGUUAACCCCGCCCACUAUCAUUCCUGUGCCUUCAAUUAAAGUCAUGUGAUCGGGGGAAAAUCACGCCAUCCGUAUACAGCGCGCCAAUUGGUUGA